AUGGUUUGGAAUGCUCGUCACGGCCAAGGCCUCGGUUCGGAUCGUGACAUUCUCUUUCAUGAAGCAAUGGCCUAUAAUGAUGAGCAUCACAAAAAUGUGGCAGCUGAAAAACCCUCAAAAAUUGAGAGAGUAAAAAUAUCCACCAAAAAAGUGGAUAAAAGUUCUGUUUUCAUGCCGCGUGUUGUGCGUAUUUACAUGACGGACAAUGACUCCACAGACUCGCCUAGUGACGAGGUGGAAAUGCUUCUAGGAGAGAAGUCCAAGAGACCUAAGAAGUUGUGGCUAAAGGAAGUCAUGAUUGAAAGUGGAAGGACUAGGGUGAUUUCAAAGAAGAAAUCCAAAGAGAAGAAGCUACUUCAAGGAAACAUGAAGAAAUACAAGGGAGUUAGACAACGAAAAUGGGGCAGGUGGGCAGCAGAGAUCCGAGAUAAAAGAAACAAUACUCGACAUUGGUUGGGAACUUUUGACACUGCUGAGGAAGCUGCUGUGGCUUACGAUGAGGCAACCAUUGAAAUAAAUGGUGCCAAUGCUUUGACAAAUAUUCUGGAGCCACCAUCAAAGAAAAUUAACCCCUGA